AUGGCGACUAAUGACAAUCCAGAAUCUGCUUCAACUGCUCCUUCUAUUCCCUCUAAUGGCAUCGAUUACAAUCAUCCUUUAUUUCUUAGUGCAUUAGAUGUGAGUGGUCGUAAUAAAUUAGGAAUGGUUGAUGAUUUUUGUACAAAAGAUAAAUUUUCUGGGCUGAAAAAUCAUUGGGAGAGGGUGAAUGCUAUUGUUUUGUCUUGGGUUAUGAAUUUUGUUGGAAAAGGGCUUCUUGGAGGUAUCAUGUAUGCCUCAAGUGCCCAAGAAGUUUGGGAAGAUUUGUUUGAGCGUUUUAAUAAGGUGGAUAGCUCAAGAACUUUAAACCUACAUAAAGAGAUUGCCACUCUUACUCAAGGAACUGAUUCUGUGUCUGUGUAUUUCUCUAAAUUGAAGGGAUUAUGGGAAGAUUUUGAGGCAUUAGUUCCAACUCCUUGUAACUGUGAUAAAUCAAAUGAGUUUGUAUUGCAUCUUCAUAAAUUGAAACUUUUCCAGUUUCUUAUGGGCUUGAAUGACUCUUACUUGCAAGCAAGAAGUCAAAUUCUACUUAUGUGUCGAAUACCGUCUGUUAAUUAG